AUGGGAUCAUGGUCCAAGACGUUGGGGUUUCUCAAAGGUGGACAGGAGACCAAGCGGCCUAGAUUGUUAGAAAUUAGAUCGGCCCGAUGGUUCAUUCUAUUCACUGUGUCUUUUGCAGUAUGCACGGAUAUUUUCAUGUAUGGACUGAUAGUGCCCGUGACUCCCACGGCCUUGCUGGAAAGGGCUGGGAUCUCGUCCAAUAAUGUUCAAACCUGGACGUCUGUUUUGCUCGCUCUAUACUCGGCGGCGCUGCUCGGCUUCUCUCCGGUGAUCGGCUACCUGGCUGACCGGGCUGGAUCCCGUCGUUGGCCAUUACUUCUUGGGCUGGUGCUCUUAGCGGGUGCAACAGCAUUGCUCUGUAUCGGCACCAAUAUCGCUCUGUGGAUUGUAGGUCGUUUGCUCCAAGGUGCCGCAGCCGCUGUGGUUUGGACUGUCGGGAUUGCUCUCCUGGUAGACACUGUCGGAAAAGACGGGCUGGGUCAAGCGAUCGGCACCGUGUCCAUGUCCCUGAGUAUCGGUACAGUUGCCGGUCCCUUGCUCGGAGGUGUGCUCUACCAACAUGGCGGAUACUACUCCGUCUUUGGGCUCGCUUUUGGGUUGAUCGGCAUCGACAUUUUCCUACGACUGGUUUUGAUCGAGCAGAAGCUCGCUGCUCGAUGGCUGACCUCCGAGUCAAGCCCACCGGUGCCCAUGCCAAAUGAUUUUGAAAAGGAAUCGCUGCAGGACCCGUCGGUUUCUCCCUCGGCUGCGCAUACCACUCCAUCCGACAACGAUGAAGUCAAGUCGACUCGAAGCAAGAAUCCUUUUUCCCAGACUAAAACGCUCUUGAGCUCCCCUCGUCUCGUUUGCGCUCUUUGGGGCUACUUUAUCGUCUCCCUGGUCCUGACUUCCUUUGACAGCGUCCUGCCACUCUUUGUCGAAGAGACAUUUGGCUGGCAACAGACCGCCCAAGGACUUAUCUUUCUUCCUCUCAUGAUCCCCAACGUGACCGAUCCAAUCACCGGAUACAUCAUUGAUCGAUACCCGGCCUCAGCUCGUUACCUCGCCAGCGGGGCGUUCCUCUGUUCUACCCCCGUUGCAGUCCUGCUGCGACUGGUCGCUGAGAAUUCAAUGCAUGACAAAAUCAUUCUCUGCACCUUACUAGCUCUCCUUGGCUUGUGCCUGUCGAUUGCGAUGCCUCCCUUGGUCACAGAGGUCUUCUUCGCGGUGAAGGAGAAGGAAGAUGAAUCUCCUGAGAGCUUUGGCCGCGGAGGUGCCACAGCCCUAGCCUUUGGCAUCUCUAAUAUGGGCUUCGCUGCAGGGAGUCUCAUCGGGCCAUUCUUUGCCGGGUUCAUUCGUCAAAGUGCGGGCUGGGGUGCCAUGGGUUGGGCCAUGGGAACCAUUACCGGUGUUUCGGCAGUUCCACUCUUACUAUUCAUUGGCGGUUGGAUUGGCAAAAAGCGAGUGUCGCCAUCUGAAGACGAUUCUGAACGAUCCUCGCAGCACUAG